AUGUUCUUAAGGAGAGGAAUCAGCUCUGUGUUGAAGGGGAAACCUAAUUUGUUGUCAACCACUUGGAGUUCUUUCCCCAAAGCCUCAUCCUCGUCUGUUUUGGAUAAGGAAAGUGAAUUAGCUCAUACUAAUUGUUCUAGUAAUCUCCAUCUUUCUCCCUUGUUCCCUGAUUGCAACCCUUAUUUUGGUGGUUAUGACAUUGAGCUCGUGGAUGAUUCCUCUUGGCAACUUUCAUCGGGUUUGGCCCAAGCUUGGCGAACAAAGGAAGAACCUGCAGUCACAACAAGUUCAUCACCGAAAGGGAUUGGUGACUUGGGUGUUAGCAAUUCACCAUUUAAUGAAGCUGACCCUGAUAUGGAUGAUAUUGAUAAUUUGAGAAUCCGUGGUAGCCUUUUUUACAAGAUCGAUCGUGAUUCGAAAGAAUUUGAAGAGUACAGUUUUGACUUCCAUCGUAGGAAGAAAUCGUCCAAGAAAAAAGAUGAUCCUAAGGAGAGCAAAAGGAACAAGAAUGAUUCAAAAGGACUAAGGGACAACCCAUCUUCUUCCAAGAAAAAUUGUGAUUUAGAAGACAAUAAGAGGAAGCAAUAUGGUUCAGAAGAAACAGUAAGGGACACCCAAUCUCCAAAUCUGGCCUCCAAUUCUGAAGAUUUUUCCAGUGUCAUGAGAAACCGGUAUGGUAAUGGUUUUACUGCAUUGGAUCAAACGGACACUACUUACAAUGAUAAGAAGAAGAAGCUGAGGAAUCCCACUUAUAAUCAGCUUACAGGUCCUUACCAUGAACCUUUCUGCUUGGACAUUUUUAUAUCAAAUGCUUCUGUUCGUGCCUGCAUUGUUCAUCGUGCCACUAGUAAGGUUGUGGUUGUGGCACAUUCAAUAUCCAAGGAUAUGAAGUUUGAUUUGGCUUCAACUAGAAAUUCAGCAGCUUGCUCUGCUGUAGGGUCAGUUCUUGCUCAGAGAGCUUUGGCUGAUGAUAUACAUGAUGUAGUUUAUACACCAAGGAAAGGAGACAAGUUGGAAGGAAAGCUUGGACUUGUGCUUCAGUCAAUCAUUGAUAAUGGGAUUAAUGUAAAGGUGAAAAUUAAGCAAAGGAACCCCAGGAAAUUGGGUCCUCCCAUCUAUAACUUCAGAUCUUAAGAAAAAGAAAAGGUAAAGAUUUAACAAAUACAUGUUUGUAUUAGAAAUAAUUUGCUUUCGUUUUGGUACACCGUCAAUCGAACUUAGCUAGUUAGAUCUCUUCCAUGUAAUAUUUCUUAAUUAUAUUAUAAAUUUGUUUUAGUGUCAUCAUGUAUAAUGACCUCACACAACAACAUGAUAAAUUUCGAAAAUGUCAUCAAAAAUUGAUACUUGUUAUUACAUAUCAAAUACCCAACUUGAACAAUCUAAGCCAGCCCAAUUUAAAUAAACACCAUCAAAACUACUAAACAACCCAAGAACCCAGUUUUAGUCAUUAGCAGUAGCUAGUUGAAGAGAAAGCAGCUCCUCCUCCGGUAUGAGCCUAAUAUGACAAUCCGACGUGGGAUAAGCGGCGCACAACAAUGCGUAGCCGCGGUCCACCACAUCGUCACUCAGCAUACCUUCACUCUGAUCAACCGAACCGCUCAAGAGCUUAGCAGGGCAGGUCAUGCACACACCGAGCUUGCAGUCAUGAGGCACUGAAAGGCCCGAGUCCAAGGCCUUGGAGAGUAUGGUCUCGUCCGGGUCAACCUCCAGCUCGGUCGACUGGUUAUCGUGCUCGACCACCACUUUGUAGGAUCGUACGGUCAAGGAUGAGCGACGCUGUGAGGUUGGAGUGAGUCUCCGCCGUAGAUGCAGCUCAAAGCCGGAAGUGAUGGGUUUGUUGGGGUGCCUUUGUCUCGGCGGAAGAAGGGAAGGAGAUGGAGUGAAGUGAAGGGUGGCCAUGGUAGGAACUGAAUUGAGUCCUUUUCUUUGGUGAGAGCUAUGUUUC